CUCAGAGCGAUCUGUAACAAUAUCCUACAACAUAAAUGAUAUUCAACAAAGUUAGUAAGCAUUUCUUUCAUCUACUUCCUUAUAGUCAAUCAUUUCAAGGAUAAACGCUUUGAGACUAGGUAGGCAGUGACCACAACACUUCUCUGCCUUUCGCUAAGCUACAGACUGAUCGAGACAGACCCCCAAGGCAGAUGUGAAGGCCAUUAUGGCCAAAUUCAACAAUGCUAAUGAAGGUGUUCCUGUCAAUCAGCCCAAACUCACUCCAACUCCUUUUCCAGGAGGUGCUUCAGGUCAAGUGAAGAAAGUUGUUUCUCCAUUUCAGAAGACUGACUUCAAUCAAGGGAACACAACACCAAAGCCGGUGUUUAUAAAGCAGCAAGGAUCUGUGAGGCUGCAUCAAGAAGGUAAUAAUGACAAGGAUCCACCUUUUUCUAAACUGAAAGCGACCCAGAUGAAAUCUUUAGGCCAAUCAGAUGAAACCAAGCCUAUAUUUCCUAAACCACCAUUAAAUAUUAAAAAUACAGAGCUGUUGAAAACUGAUGAAACAAAGCCUGCUUUUAUCAAGCCAUCAACACUGAAACCUGUGUCCAACAGCAACCUGUUGGAGAAAGAACAAAAACCAAACUUUCAAAAGCCAUCCUCUUCAGCUAAACCUCCUUGGGUGACCGAGAGUUCGCAGAAUGAAGACAGCGGCACAAAGACUGUUCCAAAACCGAAGCCAAAAGUGGGCUCCUUCAAGAUCCACAAAGAAACAGAAGAAGGAAGUCCUGGAAUGGAUUCUCAAGUAAAGCCUUAUGGCGGCAUCACUUUAAAACCGACAGUGAAGCCCAUCGGACAAACAAUUGUGAUAGAGAAGAAAGAACAGACUGAAACAAAUGAAAACAAAGCAUCAAAUCCCCGGGAUGCUUUUCUUGCAAAACUAAGUCAAGGAGCAAGUGGAGCCACGACAGGUGCAGCGCUGAAGUCACCGGUGCAUAAGCCUAAUGUUGUUAAAAAAACAUUUGGUCCAAACUUGGACAAAGAAAAUGAAAAAACCGACAGUUCAGCUCCGAAACGCAAAACGUUGCCUCAUAAAUUAGCGAUUGGAAAUCCACCCACAAAACCCAAUAGACCACCAUUUGUUAACUUGGAGCAACAUAAAACAAACACCUCAGUUAGCAGCUUUGGAUCUAAGCCAGGAAUCCCUAAACCGGGUCCUGCACCUCCUGCUGGUGCCCCUCCAACUUCCCAACCAUCUCCAGCACCACCUCUUCCAACACUACCUCCCCGACACCCAGCCGCUGUUUCUGAAGGAGAUGAAAAUUAUGAUGAUGUUGGGGUUGGUCUUCCCCCUCCACUUCCUGCUGGAAAACCUGGAGAAGGUAAUGCAGAUAACUCUUACAUCUUUAAAGUAAUAUUUAAAAACAACAUAUAUACCAUAGGAGAGUAUUGCAGUAUUUUUCAUGAUGAUAUAUUAUCAAUGUACCAAUGUCAAGCAUCAGGAUUUUUUCUGCACAAUUCUGAGAUGCGUUAAUGUCUGGAAUAUAAC